AUGGAGCAUCUCGGCGAACUGCGACGGCGGGUGCUGAUCUGCGCCUUGGCGAUAAUAGUCGGUACUGGCGUUUCCUUCGCGUUCUUCGAAGAGAUUAUCGGGUUUCUUGUGCGUCCGUCGGGCUUGGAAACGGGCCCGGGCGGCCAACUGGUAAUCACCGAAGUAACCGAGUUUUUGACCACUGCCUUCAAGGUUUCAGUCUUAUCCGGCUUCGUGCUGGCGCUGCCCAUAGUAAUCUACCAAGUCAUAAUGUUUGUUGCCCCGGGACUUACGCCGCGGGAGCGCCGGGUGCUAUUCGGGUUCCUGCCGUUGGCGCUGCUUGCAUUCGUCGCCGGGAUGGCAUUCGCGUAUUUCGUGCUGACGCCCCCGGCCCUUCACUUCCUGCUGAACUUUGGCCAAGAAGUGGUGACACCCCUAAUCAGGGUGAGCAACAUCGUUAACCUGAUGGUGCGGCUGCUCUUCUGGAUGGGCGUGUCCUUCGAGACACCACUCAUCAUGUUUCUGCUGGCCCAACUGGGCAUCGUGUCGUCGCGGCGCCUGUCGCGGUUCCGCAAAGUCUGGGUGGUGCUGGCUUUCAUACUGGGGGCGUUUAUCACGCCAACUUUCGACCCGAUAAAUCAGACCUUGGUCGCCGUGCCCCUGCUGGCCCUCUACGAGUUCGGAGUGGUGCUGGCCCGCCUGGCCGAGCGCGGCAGGCGCAAGGCGGAGACUGCCAUAGUGCAACAGUAA